AUGGCUGUCAACCGGGCCUGGGCCGCCGAGGGCUUACGGUCUUUUUCCAACCGUCCACGUCCUGUACCGACUAGGUUUUGGGUUAUCAGUUUGGCUAGCAUCUUCGUUCUCGCGUUGCUCUUCGUCGGCCACACAUCUGACAGCUUGCCGUCAAUUCCUGGCUUGAACAAGGAGCCUGAGAAAGCUCAACCACCGCCGCCAACGCCCGAGUCCAACGACCCACCAAAGGGACCAGCAAAGAACUACGACCCUGAAGAAUUCGACCUUGAUGAAAACGGGCUGAAGAUGUGGGCACCCCCACACAUGGACGCCCUCGUCCACGGAGUCCACGCCUCUGACGGCGUCAAGAGAAAGCCAACAUACCCCCUCGACCCCUUCCCCCAAACACCAAUGACCUCACCGGUGCAAGACAACCGUCCCCGCCCCUGGCUCGGAGCCGUCAUCUGCUCCGCCUGGGACAUCAAACGCCGCAUGCUGAUCCGCUACACCUGGAUGAAGAUGUUCAAAGACGUGCCCAUGGACCAACGCUUCGUCAUCUCCAACCCCGGCCCGGACUGGCGAGCCGUCAUCCAGCAGGAAAACGCCACGUUUGGCGACAUGAUUGUGUUGGACCACCUCCACGAAGACGACUUCACCGCCAACACGGUGAAAACCGUAGAGUUCUACCGGUGGCUGUCGGAUAAGUCCCCGGUGAAGUACGAGUUUGUCUCCAAAAUGGACACUGACCUCUGGGUCAACGCUCGUGCGUAUUGGGACCGGCAGCUCCUCCCUAGAUUGGACGUCGUCAAAUCUGCCGAUGGCAACACAGUCACGGGUUAUAAAGCAAACGUCAACCACACCACCAUCGGGCAGUUUUAUUAUGACAAUUACCACCGCACGGCGUUUCCUCAUGGGGCGAUUUACACUGUUACUUGGGAUAUUGUUAACUUGCUGCCUAAACUGCAAGAUAAACACCACAUUAUCGCCGGGGAGGACGUCACCAUGGCUUGGCUGCUUAUCAAGGGUCAUCAAAAAGUCACCAUGGCCAUUCUGACGCAGGAAGAGAAAUUCGAAUUCGACCACAAGGACACCCGGCCAGGGGAGAGGACUCCCUGGGCGAGGAAGGGGACGGAUGUUACUUCUAGCUGGCAUGCUAUGUACGGGAGUAAGAUCUUGGCCAUUCACCAGCUCAAGAAGGAUGAUGACUGGCUCAUGGUGGCGGAGUGUUUUGACGAGAGGGGGAUCAAGGAGAUGCCGCCUUAUCCCGAGAAGGAGCCCGAGGAUAAGGGGGAGAAGCCGGGGUAUCCGAGGCCGUUUUGGACGCAGAUCCCGAAUGACUUUUGGGAGACGGAUGUGGAUGGGACGUUGCUUUGUAAUGGGAUUUGGAAGUUGGAGCCGGGGGUGGGGAGGGAUAUGAAGAAGAAACCCGAGGGGGAAUGA